UACGUACCGAUAAGUUUCCUAAAGACGAUUCAGCAUGACAAUAAAUUCGGUUAUUACGUCUCACCAUGGUACCGUAUUACCUGAAAAUUAACUUUCGAAUCGAUGUCUUUGAGAAAGAGACAACUGGUGGAAUCUUUCUUGCAAUGAAGAAAAUGAUAUACAAAUGCUUGAUGAUGGUAUAUACGCUUCGCGAAAAGAAGGAAAGGAGGAAGGAAAAGCAACGGUGUUACAAGUGACAACACAAUGCAUUCCUCUUAUAAUAAUGAAGACUUCGAGCAUGAGCAAAAGGAAGAAGACGACACGAUAGUGGUCGACCUGGUGCAGCCGUAUCCAUAUAGUCCGCCAUCAAAAGUAUCGACAUCACCAUCGACAGAGAAUGAAUCACCGACUUCGCAUAAAGAUCAGCAUCAUUUGCAAUCUAAUCAUCAACAUCAUCAACAACAACAACAGACACAACAACAGACGCCAAAUCCUCCUGUGGAUUCAGUCCGGAGAUAUAGAACUGCUUUUACGAGGGAACAAUUAUCUCGUUUGGAAAAAGAGUUUACUAGAGAAAAUUACGUGAGUCGUCCGAGGAGAUGCGAGCUAGCUACGCAACUUAGCCUACCAGAAUCCACGAUCAAGGUAUGGUUUCAGAAUCGGCGUAUGAAGGAUAAGAGGCAACGUAUGGCUUUUACGUGGCCGUUGACCGUGUGCUCGGAUCCGACGUUCGCGACAUUGAUCGCGGCGGCUUCCAGCGCCCUUUCGCCGAUAUCGCCCUAUCACAGCGCGAUACCGAGCAUACCGGCGACGGCGCAUCUGGCCCCUUCGGCGACGCCGUACGCAUCCGCGGCUGCGACGUAUUAUGCCACGCGGUACUCGCCGUAUCCCUCGAUAAGCGCGCUGCAUCGACCUCAUCUGCGCGCUGCGGCCGCCCCUUACCCUGCACAUUCUCAUGUUCUGCAACCUCAUCCGUCUCAUCUGCCCUUGCACUUCGGUCUGGGCGUGCCGACCGUUGGCAGUAACGCCUUUCCCCCUGUCAGUAAUCCUUCCCCUACUACUAUCACGUACGGUCCACCGUUGCUGCCGCAGGAAUUGAGCCCGGUGAACUCGGAUACGUCCAGCGAGUGCGAAUCUUGUGGUAAUCAGCCGUCGCAGCCACAGCACGUUAUGCAUCCGCAUCCACAUCACUCGCAUCAUUCGCGGCACCACGUGGCGAAUGCGAUGCAGCGGGAUCGGAUCAUUGGAGCGGAACAGUCAAUCAAACUGCCACCGAACGGUAUGAAUGUACCCAUCACCGCGAUAUCGUUCGUUUCUGAGAAUCUAUACAAUCUGCCAACGACUUCGCCGUUGUCGACGUCGACACCGACGCCGACAACGACGACAACGGUGGCGGCGUCGGCGCCUACAAAUAAAACCGAGCUAUUCCAACCGUAUAAGAAGUAAUCGUUUCACUUGUGAUAUAUUACGUGCAAGCGGGACUUUAUACUUAACAUUUUUCCGCCUACCCUCUAUCAUAGAGAUACCUCUCGUACGAUGUUCUCUGUUUUACGAGAGAAUAGCCUUGGUCUUUGUUUCUUAUGUAUAUAUUUCUUUCUAUAAAUGCCGCCCGCUGGGCGGUAAACAAAUAUUUUAACUUUGGUAAAAGAAAUGCCUUCCCUGUUAGCAUUUAUGUGUUCGCUAUUGAGUAUCGCGAAUCCUACUUUGUGCUAACUUUACUGCCAGUCGCGUAGAUCAAGGCUAUUUCUUUGGAAUAGUGUAUAGAUGUCAAUUCAAUGCCUUAACAAUUAUUAAAUGAGUUUCUUUUGAAUCACAUACAUGGAUCUAUACAGAAAAUAUAUAUAAGUUAAAUUGUAAUACGUAUUUGACCAUAUCGAUUAAUCUUCAAAUUUAUACGUUUAUUCUGAUUUUAAUUUAUUAUUACUUAUCUCUUGAGGCUGUAUUACUCUCGGAGAGAUUUCGAUAAUUUUGACGAUACGAUUUGAACACUGACUGAGAUCAAUGGUGAAAAAUUGCGAUUCAAUAUAUAUACUUUGAAUUAUACAUGUAUAUAUAAAAUAUUAUUUAAUAGAUAUUAAUAGAAAAAAAUAAGGCAAUAAAAAAACUAUACAUAAAAAAUAUUAUAUGUAGCUAAUUUUUAUUUUAUUUUAUUUUACUUUUCGCUGCAUAGCGCUGCAUCUUUUUCUAUUCAUCGCAUUGUAUUUAUUUUUGAUCGGACAUACAUUCAUGAUUGGGACUAACAUAAGUAUAUGGCCU